AUGGGUGACCCCUUUGAGUUCGUUCACUGCAUCAAAAGAUGGUUCCUGGUUCUCGAUCGAGUGAUCGGCAUCCAGGCCCUGCUGAAGGUUGCCAGAGAGAAGCUAAAUGAGGAGGCCGAGAAGGCACAGAAGGACUUCGAGGCCGAAGAGGCCAAAGUGAAGCAGGCUCUGAAGGAGGAGAACGGCGAGUCUGUGCAAUCGUAUGCCGAGAAUGCCAUCUGCAUGAAGAACAAAUGGUCGAAAUUGAACCGUUUGGCAUCCCGGGCGAACAAUAUACAAAGUGCACACAGAUCAGAUUGUGCGGAGGACGUGGGUGCCAAUGACCAGGAAAAGGUCCCUGCGAUGAUGGACAGGCUUGAACAGCUGGCGCAGAACCUGGAGGUGCACUCGUGGGCGAUAGAAGACUUACUGAGCUCGGCCCCCACCCUGACCACGGACCAGGAGCAAGUGAACAGGUUCCUUCAGGAUAUUGCUGAGGAGAUCAAAAGUGAGGAAGACCAUGACCAGCUGAGCCAGCUGCCCAAGGUUCCCUCCCCCGUGGACGAGAGCUCCAAGGGCAUCGGGCAGGACUAG